UCGGACGGCAGUCAGUCGCCUCUGCCGUCGAAUAAAAAAACAAAUGGUGAUAAUAAAAAAGUGCAACAUGGCCAAACUCCUAGUAAUCCUCUCAUUAGCUGCCUUCAGUAGUGCUCAAACGUACUCGGCUUCUAGUUUAGUCAAAAACAUUUAUAAUGAAUGCCUUAGUCAGUACUCGGUGGAAUGUGUGAAACCCAGGACCCUGCAGUGGAUCUCUCAAGUGGCAAAUGAAGAUGAGAUCAAGAUUACGGAUGACCUCAGCAUCGUCAAAACUGGAGUUUUUGAAGAUGAUGGAGAAGUUGAUCCCAGAAUGGCUAAGGAUCCAUUAUAUAAGAUGUUUGACCAAGUUGACAGUUUCGUGCAAACUCACGCCCUGAAAGUGAAGGUUCCAGAAGAGAUCACGAAGACUGCUGCCUCAGAAUAUGUACCAAGAUCGCUUCUUGCUGAUCUUCCCUCGGAGUUGAAUAUGCCUUUGGACGGUGAACAAGAAGUUGAAGAAUUUGAAGGCAGAAAGAAGAAGAUUAAGCUGCCCAAGCCUUUGAGAAUCAAGUCUAAACACGGAUUUGUCAAGAAAAUUUUGCUGCCCUUCUUACUUGGUCUCAAGUUCAAAGCAUCAGUGCUGGUUCCUUUGGCACUUGCUCUAAUAGCUCUGAAAACAUGGAAGGCUUUGACUCUGGGCCUGAUCUCUCUUGUCCUGUCUGGUGCCAUGGUUAUCUUCAAAUUCACGAAACCCAAGGUCGUGAACUACGAAGUUAUUCACUAUCCACAACACCAUGUUGAGCACCACGUGGACCAUCACGCACCAGCCUGGGACGCCCAUGGUCCGUACCAAGCCCGAUCAUACGAGGAUGCCCACGAAAUCGCCUACUCCGCACAAAUAUAAAGGAAGAAAGCUUUAAAUUACG